AUAUGACAUACGCACAUCAACAAUAUAUAAAAUAAAAUUAUUAUCAAAUGGUUGGUUAGUAUAAAAUACUCGUAAGAGCAAUUAUACGCGCUUUAUCAUAUUAAAAAAAAAAAAAAAAAAUAUCUACACACCCUUUUCCUUUGUAUACAUAUAUAUUUCACCUCUUCCGUAGCAAUUUCCUUCCGGUUUAUAUCCACAACAAUAUAGAAUAUAGAAAAAAAAAAAAAAAAAAAAAAAAGAAGGAUUAUUACAAAACAAAGUUAAAAUUCACUGACGCGUGAUGAAACGUAACAUUGUUAACGCUUUAUAUUAUGAAGAACAUAUGUACAUAUAUUUAUCAUGGUGUAGUGAAUUUCCAACUGCAGGGGAGCAGCAUUUAAAAUUACUACAACGUUCAGUUAGCUUUUAAACUUUGAGUCUAACUGAUUGAAUUAUUAUUUUUAAAUAAAUAAUGUUAUUUAAUAAUUGUUUGUUUUUAUUGAUAUUUUAUUAAUAUGAUUGGUGAAAAGUUUAAAAUUACAAAGGCAUUUAUUUGCUGUAGUAAUAUUAUUUUUAUGAUUUCUGGACUAGUUUUAAUGUCCCUAGGAAUUUUAUUACUAAUUGACAAUAAUAAAAUUCUGUUGUCUCGAUUAUUAAACACAGACGAAUCAGUGGUGAAGGAACCAAUUUUUUACUAUUUCGCAUUGAUUGUAAUCGGAGUGGGAUUUUUAAUAGCUUUGAGCGGGUUGUUGGGCUGCUGGGUUUCUUGUUUGGCAAACAAUUGUGUCACUGUCCUGUAUAUCAUCAUCCUUAUAAUUCUUAUCAUAAGCCAGUUGACAGUCUGCGUUCUCGCAAUUUUUACUCCUAAUUUAAUCGGAGUUGACAUCCGAGUUGUGACCUUACUACGUGCCCUGCAGCGCAACUACGGUCUACCGGGAAGACAACAGUUUACUGCAGCUUUAGAUCUUGCGCAAACCACGUUUUCAUGCUGCGGUAUAAACGGAAGCAACAAUUACGGGACAUCCUGGUGGCGAUUACAGGAAGUUGGUCGACGGAAUUUAAUUGUGCCGUUAACCUGCUGCCUCUUAAAUAAUACUAAUAAUUUUGAGGCUUUUUUGAAUCCUAUUGUCAAAGAUUUGGAAACUUGUCAAACACUUAAUCCUGUUAAACAUAAACGUGCUAGACAUACUACGGGCUGUUUGGAAAAAAUAGAAGAAUGGACGCAAGAGCAAGCUUUGCUAUUACUAAUUAUUGGAUUAUCAAUAAUGUUGAUCGAGUUGUGGGCUCUGCUUUGCACGCUGAUGGGCUACAAAAGAAAAUCCGGUAAAUUGAAAAAAAAAUUAAACCAAAGUCAAAACAAUAUUACAGCAGCGUCAUUCACGUCCACCCAGACUUUAGGUAGAUCUUACCAAGAUUGUCAAGAUAAGUUUGGCGGGUUCGAUAAUCGGCAGAUGUCAGGCUCGACUUUUAUUACCGGAAAAUCCUGAAGGUGGCAAGAGGGCAGUCAUCCGAACCAGUCAUCAUCAAGUCCCAAAAGUCUAAUCGAGCAAUUGAGCUCUAAUUCCAAGCAAGAAACUUCAAUAGAAACUUUGUCGACAACUCCCCACCACUCUUACCAAGAGCGGGGAGUCGAUGUUCUUUUUACUGACCCGCCAAAAAUUCGGCCCAAUAGUUCCAAAAAUUUAAGUUUCAAAUCCAAAAAUUUGGGCCUUAUGGAAAUUUUUCAACACUCUGACUCAAAUAAUAAAUU